AUGUAUAUAGCUUUGGCUAAUUUGUGGGUAUCUCAACCGGGCAAGUAUCACGAAUUCGCGGAUGCAACGCGAACUUACAUUCCCGGUGCUGAGUACAUGUCUUUCUUGCAAAGCCUUCCGCGCCGUACCGCAUCGUCUGGAUCGCUUUUCCGAGGUGAUAAUGGCGAUGGUAUUUCAUUGGGGAACCAAACGGCCUCAUCAUCAUCCGUUUCAUCUCAGCGACGAAAUGCGAUUGAUUUUGCUGAUCAAGAGGUGAUAUUCGAUAGGAAACAAAAGAAAAACACUGGCCGAGUAGUGGACUAUGUCGCAUUAGAAGGUUUCAAUAAUGAAGUGGCUAGGUCCCAUACUUUGCAACGCACACGCCAGCCCACAAAAUGUGCGCACUGCGAAACACUUUCUCUGCUUUCUACGAUGCAAUGUGCCAAAUGUGGUAUGACCUGGCACAAAUCAUGCUUGCCCCGUAUUACCGUUCCUUGUGGUCAGAAUCCCAAGAGUUUUACCGAUUCAUCCCGGCGUACAAGUGUAUUCGGUGUACCCUUGAGCAGCCAGUUGAAUGGUCAAUCCCGUUUGAUUCCUGUCGUUCUCGAACGCUGUGUUGACGAACUGCAAAAACGUGGAUUGAAAGUUAAAGGUAUUUAUCGUACCUGUGGUGUGAAGAGUAAAAUUGAGGAAAUAUGUGAAGAUUUUGAACGAUCAAAUAAUGGUAGUGAAGUGAAUUUAAGUAGUUAUCAUCCAAUGAAUAUUGCUUCGGUGAUAAAAUUAUACUUGAGAAAGCUGCCAGAACCACUGCUGACUCACGAAUUAUACGAUGAAUGGAUAACAUUUGCUGAGAAGAAUGUUGUAAGUGAAGAUUUAGAAAUCGUAAAUCAGAUCAAAUUAAUAGUUGGGAAAUUGCCAGCAAGAAAUGUGGAUGCGUUAGAAUUCCUUGUACUGCAUCUAAAUCGAGUUACAUGGUUUGAAAUGGAUAAUUUAAUGACUGCAUCAAAUUUGGGUGCUGUGAUAACACCGUCGAUGAUUUGGAAGCAUCCGUCCUCUGCUUGUAAUAGUAAUUCAUUCCUUUCUAAUGCUCAUCUGAUGAGUAAAGCAGUUGAAUUACUUAUCAAAUACGCCUUUGAAAUAUUUGAUGUGGAUAUUACUGAAGACAAACGUUCAUUUUAUCAAAAAUAUCCACAUACAAUGGAUACAUUGUCUACAGAUCCCGAACUUGAAGAUCGAUUGUGUGAAGGAGAAUCGAUAGCGGAUGAAGAUUUACUCGAAGACGAGACAGAUGCAGUCUGUUCUACUUUCCUAUCACAACCGCCAACUCCAGAUCUGUUAAAAAAUACGUCUCGUAACAAAAAUGAGACGUAUUCCAUGAGUGAUGACAUUGAUUUGGAUAAUCAUUCCAAUUUGACACGAGCCAGUAAUUCCCAUCACUUCGGUGAAACUUGCACAAGAACUCAUUCAUUGAUGGGUCGUCUAAAUUGCACAAGUGAUAGCAAUACCUUUCGUCCUGUUGGCAACGCUGUACGUUCACGAAACAGAAUUGAUAAGAAACGUAGUUACACGACAUCUAUUUUGGUGUCUCCACGUCCAGACCGUAAAUUAGUCUUACCACAAAAGCAGCUCUCAGCAGAAGAUACAAACUCGAUCACAAUUCGUUCUGGUGAUGUGACUGUCGAUGUCGCCAAGGAACAGUUUUACUUGACGGAUGUGAACGAGACUUCUUGUGUGAGUCGAAAAUCAAGUGAUGGCGACCAUUUGUUGCUAAGCUUGUGCCGUCGAUUGAAUGCCGUGGCAAAUGAUACAGAGAAUGACCACAUGGUUGAGGAAUCUCAAUCAGAUAUCGGCAAUAACAGUCCUUGUAUGCAUUCCGCUAGACCUGUGCUUUUCCAAGAAGCUGAUGUUAGCUACAUCUGA